AAAUAUUUAUACAUUUAUAUCCAUAAUAUGUAUGUUUUGCCAAUGUCACGAGCUGCAGCAGUGCAUGUAACACUAUAGAUUGAUUCUAGAUAUGUUAUACGAUGGGUUAUCUGAUAGUACAUUUUUUGAAGCUCUAUAGUUUCCCUAGCCAAUAACCAAUCAUAUGACAUCUGAGUGUUUUUUGUUAGAAAACAUCCAUAGGAACAUGUAUAUAUGUUAUAUAGAAAAAAAAUCAUCUAGAGAUAGGUAUCUGAAGACGCAAGAGUCUAUGGCUCGCAAUUUGUUAUUGGAAAAGCUAACCAACGAAACCCUAGAAAAAAAAAAAAACAAAAGUUUGUAUUGAAUUUUUAUAUUAACGACGAAAGAAAAUGUCAGAUAACAAAGAGAAGGACGAAGAGAAACCUGUGGUGCCAAAAACCGCUGUAGAUCUGCAAAGAUUAAAACUAAUGAAACUAAUGAAGAACAUAGACAAACCAGUUAUAUUGCCGGAACGUCCAAAAGCCAAGAGUACACCUUCUGUACCGGAAUUUGUUCGUAAUGUUAUGGGUAGCAGUGCUGGAGCAGGUAGCGGAGAGUUCCACGUGUACAGACACUUACGACGUAAGGAAUAUGCACGACAAAAAUUUAUUCAGGAGAAAGCACAUAAGGAACUUUUGGACGACGAAUAUCAUCAGAAAUUGGAGGAGAAUAAAAGAUUAGCGGAAGAGGCAACAGCGAAAAGACGUGCUAAGAGAUUGAAAAAGAAACAAGGACGUAAGCAAAGGAAACGUAUGAAAAUUAAGAAAGAAGACAACACUGUUGUGGAUGAAAAGAAUAGUGAAGAUGAUAGUUCAGAUGACGAUGAAGAAAUCAGAACUAUAGAUAGUAGUAACGCAUCUAAUGAAAAUGAUAGUUCCAAAAAUAUAUCUACAAGUGAUAGUGAAACGAAAAUUAUAACGGAAAAAGAAUUAUUAACAUCUGAGACAGAAAAUCAAGAAGAUACUUUAAAAACAUCACAUGAAGUAUCAAAUCAAAACAGUCAAUGUGAAAAUGGGACAUGACAUGUAUGUUAACAUCCUAAUAUUUUUCUUAUUAGAUAUAUGUACAUAAUCAUGUAAUAUAUGUAAUCUAUUUAUCACUUGUUAGUUUAUUCAUUUAUUAGAAUUAAAUUACAAUUAUAAUACAAGUCAAUUUACAUUAUAUUUUUCUGCAAGUAAUGUUAAAAUAAUUUACAUUAUUUUUUAAAUAUUUUUUAUAAACAUGUUUGUUAUCAAGAUUUUUUUUAGCAAAAACUGUAAAUUGUAAUAAAUAAUUAG